UUUUUCUUCUCCUUACAUUUCACACCUGAGAAGUAAUGGCUCCUUUCAGAGUUUUCGAGGGCAAACUUGCCAUUAUCACUGGCGCUUCGCGAAGUUUCGGUGCCGUUGUUGCCGAGCAUUUCGCUAGCAGAGGCGCCAACGUUGUUAUCAACUAUGCCACCGACGCUUCAACGGAGAAAGCUCAGGCGCUCGCCAAGGACUUCGAGAUCAAAUACAACGUCAAGGCUCUCCCCGUCAAGGCCGACCUGAGCAAGUCCGACGCUCCUCAGCAGGUCGUUGACGCUGCGAAGGCCCAUUUCACCGACGCAAAUGGGCGGUUCCAGAUUGACAUCAUCAUCAACAACGCCGCUACCGUGAACGCUCAGGGGAUUGAUCAGCUGGAUCUUGAUCUCUUCGAUGCGACUUUCAACCUGAACUGCAAGGCACCCGCCCUGCUUGUGAAGGCUGCCUUCCCCUACCUGCCUACUGACCGUUCUGGUCGGAUCGUCAACAUUUCCAGCGCUACCACUACUUGGGGUGUCUGGUGGCAGACAUCUUAUGCCGGUACCAAGGGUGCAAUUGAGGCCAUGACUCGUGUCUGGGCCCGUGAGCUUGCUGAGAGGGCCACGGUCAAUGCCGUAGCCCCCGGCCCUAUGGAUACUGGGCUGUACUCUAGUCUGCCCGAUGAGCCCCGUGAGGCUCUGCGGCCGUUUAACAUUCUUACUCCCCUCGCUAAGGCUAGGCCUGAUGUUGACAGCCAAGAGGUUCUAGAUUUGGCCCAGAGCAUUGGCGGCCGCCCUGGGUACCUGGAAGAGGUUGCUGGUGUUGUAGGAGUUUGCUGCCUGCCGGAGAGCGGAUGGAUGACGGGUAACCUUGUUGGUGCCAGUGGAGGUGGCGCUUUCGUUCGUUAAGCGACAUGAUAAUGAUAACGUGGCAUUGUGUCGACUGAGUGUUUAUAACGAAGAUAUUCUCGUGAUUCUGCCUUGUGAUUGGAUUAUAACGAUGUAGAAAUGUUUACGAAGAGCUCCAAAAUUAUUUCAACAUCAAGAGUCCUAAGAAUCUGGUUCGAGGAACAAGAACCCUCAACGGACAGCAGCUCCAAGCCGGGUAAUCAGCUCGCGCAAAGCUG